UUUUCAACUCUCUUACACACUUUUGUUGUUGAGCCAGCCAUGCCUUCAGAAUCAGCUCAAUCUCCUCCUGCGCAAGGCGACAAACACAAAAGUUUGGACACUGAAAUCAGAAAAAUGGUGUCUGCAAUCACUCAUCGUGUCACUGAUAACAACUCCACCCACCAUUUGGAGAAGGAGGAUGAAAAUGACACCAGGAUCAUUACCCUUGCAGGAACCAACGAUGGAGCAACACUGCGAAGUGAAUUAGAUGAAAAAUCAGGCAAAACUAGUGUUGGUGAGUCUGAAGCAUUGACCACCUUUAUCAACAGCAACUUCCAAGCCGUCAACAAUUCCAUCAUGUAUGGCGGUAGCUACCACGCUAAUGACCCUGGUGUGCAUUUCGAUAUCUCAGAUUUCAUGGAUCAAGCUCAACCUCCUCAAAGCCACCACCACAAGGCUGACAAACCUGCUGAAAAGAAGGGAAAGAAGAAAGAUAAAGAAGCUUCCAAAAGUGACCAUCAAUCUCGCUUCUAAUGCAAAGGAAUAAACAUCUUUUGUCAAUCUUAAACCUCUGCUCCAUGUUUGCUUCAAUAACCAUAUGUUUUCCUGAUAUGAUUUUUGGAUUAUUUAUGUUCUUUUCUUUGUUAGUUCACUCAUAUUUAAGAUCUUUAUGUGUAAGUAAAACUGUAAUCUUCGUGUUAAUGAUAUA